AUGUUAUAGCAAGAGAAAACUAAUUUUAGAGAGGAGAAAAGGAAGAAAAUAAGACAUGAUAAAUUUAAAAGAAAAGUCUUAUUUCUUCAAUUAGUACUUUGCCAAAAUUAGACUAUAAAAGAUGCGGCUGAAAAAAGCAAAAUAAACUUUUCCACAGCCAAACUAGUGCUCAAAAACUUUCGAAAAUUUGGGUUCAUUUAAAAUAUAGAUAAGGGUAUGUUAUUCAUAUUUAUGAAAGAUUACGAGAAGUAGAUUGAAAUGCUGAAAUAAAUAGCAUCUAUCAAAAAUGAAAUCAAGUAGGAGAAAAUAGAGAAGAGAGAAGAGGAGUUUAAACUGCUAAGCGAUAAAAUAAAAUCUAUAUAACCUCACAUUAGAAAAAAGUAAUUUUAAAAUGAAAAGGAAAUUAACUCUAAACUUAAACUCUGCUAACAAGAACUUGAAAAUCUCAAAAAGGUAUAAUUCGAUUUAGUGACAUCUGUACUUUAAGAAUAAAUAAAAUUAAUGAAGUCAAGUUACAAAUGUGUGUGA